CGGGAACAGAGAGAGAGAGAGAGAGAGAGAGACAGGUGAAGAGAGAAUAAUCUCUGUUUUCUGCUCUAACAUGGCGGGCUCCUCCAACACCCCUCUGUCCCGGACCUCCACCCCUCCCACCGACCUUCUCUUCCACUCCGAUCCGCUCUACAGCGUUUCAAACCCGGCCAGCUCCCCGCGUCUACCCCGCUGCCUGGCCGGAGCUUUCCUGAGCGGUGGGAGCGGUGAGAGCGGCAGAGUCCCAGCCAAUGUGAACGGGCAGAGCGGCAGCGGAGGCGGCACCGCUUCCUCUUCGUGUUCUCCGCAGUGUAAAAUGGUGGAAGUUCACGGCGUGAAGGUGGCGUCGUUCCCAGUGAACGGAGUGGAUCUGAUCUGCCUUCCGCAGGUGUUCGAGCUGUUCCUGAAGCACCUGGUGGGCGGACUGCACACCGUGUACACCAAGCUGAAGCGGCUGGACAUCUGCCCCGUGGUCUGCACCGUGGAGCAGGUGCGCGUACUGCGCGGGCUCGGUGCCAUCCAGCCCGGAGUCAACCGGUGCAAGCUCAUCACCAGGGCCGACUUCGAGACGCUGUACCGGGACUGUACCAACGCCAGCUCUCGGCCGGGACGUCCUCCCAAGAGAUCUCUGGGCGUGACCACGAUGACGGACAGCUCCAGGCUCCUCCCACACGGUCUGAUAAGCCCCGCCCUGCUGACACACACAGGGCUGACGGCAGCGAUGGCCGAGGCUCUGAAGCUGCAGAAGAUGAGGAUGAUGAUGGGUUUCCACGGCAACAGCGACCAGCAGCACCGGCAGAACAACGGCACAGAGUCGGAGAACGACGACACAGGAGGCAGUGAAGCAUCCUGGGAGAAGGAGCAGCGCCUCCUCUCUCCUCCUCUGCAGCAGCACCGUCUGUCAGACUUUCCUUUCAUGGUCAUGCCGCACCCCCUCCUCCCUGUGGGUCUGCCCCCCGCCAGCGUCGCCAUGGCGAUGAACCAGAUGAGUCAGUUGAGCGGAUUCGCCAACAUGGCCACCGUGUCGCACGUUCAGAUAGAAGACAGCAAGGAGUCUCCUCCAGGAAGCCCCUCCCCCUGCCCCUCCCUCAGUGACGACGAGCUCCGCCCCCGAGACCCAAUCAGCCAAUCAGCUUCCAGAGCGUCUUCAUCAUCGUCAUCAUCACCUGCAGCAGUCACACCUCCGCUCGACGGAGACCUCGCGGAGCCAGAAAACAGCUUCAAAAAGGCGCCUAAAGAAAAAGACGACAGCCUGUUGCCCCUCCCCCUCCUCAAACCGACCUAUGAGAAGCUGUCACUCGCCUCUCAGCCGCUGUCAGUCAACCACGCUAACCCCGCCUUCGCUCCGUUCCUAUUGGCCGAGGGUCUAUCCUCCAUGGAGACGCUGCUCACCAAUAUACAGGGUCUCCUGAAGGUGGCGCUGGAGAGCGCCCGCUCUCAGAACAAACAGAGCCAGCUGGAGAGGAAAGAGUUAAAGCUGCAGCUGGAGAGAGAGAGAGACGCUCGCCACACACUGCAGAGACAACUCAGCUCAGAACUGCAGUCCUCAGUGUGGAUCCAGCGACGGCUGAAGAAAGAGAAGAAGGCGAAGAGGAAGCUGCAGGAAAAGUUAGAGCUCCAGACCCUCAGGAGACACACAGUGAUUCCUGAGAAAGAAGAGAACAAACAGCAGGAAAACUCUGCAGCUCAAGAGAACCGACCGUUCAACAAACCUCCGCUGCUCUUCUGACCGCACAGAGAUGAACACAUGAACCGAUGAUAGGAUGAACACAUGACAGGAUGAACCGAUGACAGGAUGAACUGAUGACAGGAUGAACACAUGACAGGAAUGAACACAUGACAGGAUGACCCAAUGACAGGAUGA